UUCGUUAGUAGUUUGAUUAGCAGUUACAAGAAAAAUCCGAAAAUGAAAAUUGUUUUAGUGUUUUCCCUUUCAAUAUUGGCAGCAGUUGUAAAAACUGAAAUCACUCCCGAACAACAUCAAGAAAUGAUGGAUAUUAGCCAAGCAUGCUUGGCAGAAACCGGAGCGACACAUGACAUGGUUAUGAAGGCUCUUGCUGGAAACUUUUCUGACGAUCCCAAAUUCAAGGAACAACUGGUGUGCGUAGGAAAAGGCGCUGGAUUUUUAGACGAAGAAGGAAAGUACAUAAGAGAAGAACUUAAGAAGAAAAUUAUGGUGCUAGUAGACGAUGAGGCUAAAGCAGAUGGUAUUAUUGAAAAAUGUGCCGACGAAAAAGCUACCCCACAAGAAACUGCUUUCGAAAGUACAAAAUGUUUCUUUAAGGAAAUGCGUGAGAUUUAAUAUCAAAUAUAUUCUGUAAAUUUGGAACCAGACGUGUAAAGG